GUGAUAAGAGACGACUUCACGUGUUUAAUUUAUGUUUUACAUCAGUUAUUUAGUUUAAUAUGGGAUUUUAAUUUUGCGAGAAUUUUGAAUGAUCGGAUACGUCAAAAUAUCACGUAAAUUAGAAGUAAAAGUAAUCAGGGAAAGAACCCAUCAAAACGAAAUUAAUUAAAUCAAAGAAAACCUUUAAUCACGCCAUCUAACGUGGAGUAGAAGAAGUGUAGAAAUAUUUGUCGGCUUCCUUUUGAUGUCGCCGCAAACAAGGCGGCUCACCUUUGACCAAAAAUGUAGCUUUACUAUUGCAAACAUGACUCAUUUUACAAUUUGUUUUUAUUCCAAUCGUUUGGUAGUUUACAUCUUAUUGAAAACUAAAAUGUAUGUACAUAUCGAAAUCAUUAAAUACGAUAAACGAAAAAUCAAUAAAAUUUGCACGUAAACUACAGACAAAGAGACAAUAUCAGAUAUCAGCAAAAUGUAUUUAUUUAAAUGUGUAAUAUUCAUAAUAACAGUAAAUAAGUGAUAUCAAAAAUAUAUACAAAUUUCGAUCGGAAAUCGAACAUCGUACUUACGUGUCUACUAACCACAGCACUUGUACGUUUGGCGGCAUCCUUUGAGAAUAGCCGAAAGGGAAAAAUAUUAUUUAUUUCUUAUUUAAAAUCCUGCAUUUCGAGAGCGAGCUUUGAGGCGUAAAGACGUGCUGAAUUUCAAUGUGUUCUACCAUAGGUGCCAAAAUGUAUCCGACGAAAAGUGCGUUCGAUUAUAUGAAUGAAAUGAACCGCCUGUUUCCUAGAACUAUGGAAAAUGAGGCAUACCACACUAGAACUGCAUCAACAGAUUCUGGCUUCAGAUCCCCAUUCCAACAAACUACAUCAUUCAACCGGUCAUCUAGCUCUGCAGAUUCACUAUCACCAGAGUCAUUCCCUGAUUUACAUGAGAGGCAAGGAUACGAGACUCCAAUGACAGUCAGACGCCAACGCCCUAUCGUCGGCCGCAAGAUAUUUGACAACACUGAACGUUUGCCACCAACAUUGGAACCAACAAGACUGACACAAGAUAUGAUUCCUCAAACAUGGCAACCUGAUGAUCUACUCUAUCCGCCCACACCACCAAGUUUGGAACAAACAAAAUGCAAUCAGAAUAUAUUCUAUGAGUUAUUCCCGACUGAAAACAAAGGAUUCGAAUUCAAAGCGCCAAUAACCCCAGUUUCACCAGGACCAAAAUAUAAUUCUUACUCUCCAAAUUACUCGCCAACAUUGGCAAAUUCAUCACCAAUAUCUGUGAACACUCCGUAUUUGCCAACUUCACCUUUCAAAAUUCCAAUUCAAGCGCAGAAUUAUGGUCCUGGAUCGUCAAAGUUCCAGGACUCAAGAUCUACGAAGAUGUGCACAUUCUGCCGUAAGAAUGGAGAGACUCCGUUGGUGUACAUGACACACACAGUCAAGGAGAAAGUUGGUCAUCAGAAUAUUGUGACCUGUCCAAUAUUGAGGUCUCAUGUCUGUUCUACAUGUGGAGCUUCAGGGGACAAUGCUCAUACCAUCACCUACUGUCCAAUUCUACGAAGCAACAACAAUGGCCAGCCUCUGCAAUCUACAACUAUCACACUGAAGAACACUAGAAUAAAGAGCAAUGGUAGGAGACGUUAUUAGUAUUAUUAUAAUAUUAUUUCGGUUUUCAUUAUUAUUAUUGCUGGUAAUUGUCUAUAACCUGGUAUUUCAUUGACUUGUUUAUAAUUAAAAAAGUAUACAUUUUUAACGGAUUUGAAUAAGGAAACAUUUUUCUUCCACUGUUUUUUUAGUGGGAUAUUGAAACUUUUCUUUUUAGCUCAUAUUGUUUCAUAAAAACUGAAUGGGGCUAGAAUUGCACUUUCGCACAAAGAGUUUAUUCAUAUUAUUUAUUAGGCCUAUACAUAAAUACAUAUAUUUUUGACAUUUUUCCAGUAGAUAAUUUUAUUGAUACCAGUUUCUCAUGUAGUGAAUAAGACUUAAUUAUGAUCUCAUGAAGACAAAGAUUUGAUAGUAAUUUUGACUAGAAUUAUAAUUGUAUUAGAAUUAUGAUUGCUUGUGUGAUACCUAGCACUAGAUAUUAUAUAGAUAUAAGAUUGUCUGAUUUCUUAGCUGUUCUAACACACAAGUAUAUACUUAAUAAGUGUGUAAUUAAAAAAUACUAUAGUUAGGGAACCUUGGGAACAACAAUUAAGAUAAAAAUAUUCAAGGACUUAUGUCAGUGUGUCUUCAAUAUUUUACUAUUUUAUAAGAUUUUAUGCUGGCAUUGGAAUUUAAACUUUAAACCCUGGUUUUAGAUGACACUUUUGAGCAGUAUGAUAACACUUAUAGAUAAGUGAUUUAAAACUAUCUACUACUAACUAUGUAUCUUGUAAUCAUGUCACAAGAUUUUCUAUUCUUUUAAACAUUUAUCUUUUGUAUGUGUAUUUUUGACAAUUUUGAAUCUGGGCUAAUAUUAUGACGAUUGACUGUUUUCCAUAAUCAAUAUCUUUUUUACUCUAAAUCAUGUGUAACUUUUAAUUGACUUAAAAAUGUUAUGUAUUGAUCACUUGUGCUAAAAAUUAAU